AUGUCGUCAGAAGCUCGCGAUCAAGGAGGUCGUCAUGCCGUCCCUGCAAGUUGUGUUCACAAUGUUAACGUGGAUGUUAUCGGUGUUGAUAUGACAGUUCACAAUGCUAAAGUAGAGGUUAUCGCUGUUGAUGUGGACGACGACGAAGAUACUGGUGAUUUCUUAGCUUCUAUUCAUAUAGAUGAUCAUCGAUGCUCAUCAUCCCAAGCUAUGGACCCCAUUUUGGCUGUUGAUCAUGAUGAUGAUCAUCAACAGAUUUCUGCAGUACUACCACUGGAUCACACCGUUGGCAAGGUAUUGAUAGAAGAACAUGCAAGAAUCUAUGAACUUGAUUCAAGCAAGUUGAUUUUAGAACCAGUUGAUCCGAGCAUCGAGGAGGGAUUGAUGGAAAGCAUACUUGAUCACUCCAUUGAUGACAGUUUGUCUGCACCUCCUGAAGAUUCAGACGACAUAGAUUUACUUCCGCAUGAAAGUAACAAUCGACAGCUUCCUACAAUGUGUGAAGAAACAAGGGAUGCUCAAGUUAAUGGAGGAGAAACAACAAUGAAGAAAGAAGAACAUAACGCCAAAGAGAGGAUUCGAAGGAGGAAACAGCAUGCAGCAUACUUGGCUCUUGGAGCUUUGCUUCCUACAGAUUCCAGCAUAUCAAAGAAAAGAAACAGUUCGCGUCUUAUACUUGAUAGAGCAGUUGAAUACAUACCAGAACUGGAGAAAGAAAUCGAGAAGUUAACUUUGAGGAAGAAUGACAUGUUAUCUGCAGUUAAACAUAAGCAAUCUGCAGCUGUCAAUCAUUUGCAACUUCAUCUAGAUCCAUCGUCAGUUUCGGUGCAUGAAAUCCAACAAGGUGAGUUUAUCGUACAAAUAUUCACCCCAGGACAUGAAAAUGGUGCUUUUUCGAACCUACUACAGAACGUAGAAGGUGAAGAACAAGGCAUGUCUAUUAUGAGUGCCUCGACUCUUCAAAUUUCUGAUCGUGGACACUGCUACCAUUUACAUAUAAAGAUGAAGAAAAUGUUGGAUGGAGAGAUCAAUAUUGCAAGUUUAAGAGAAAAGCUAAUUUCUUGGUUUUGCUAGAUACGAGCUUAAUUUUAAUUUCGGUGGUAAGGGUUAUUAAUGUUUUGUUUUUAU